AUGCAAAUUCAAUUGAAUGGAAGUACUCAACUUGCAGAAUUACAACAUAAUAACACUACAAAGCAACAUUUAGAACUUUUACAUCUUUGGUUAACAUUAUUCCAUCAAAUUGUUAUUUUAUCGAAAGAAGAAGGAGGAAAGGAUAAAUCUACAAACAACAAAUUUUUGUUAGAACCUUCACUUGCACAACAAUUAGUUCAAUUAUUUUUGUGUAUUCAUGGAUGGCCUGGUGAUGAUGUUUUGCAAUUACUUUAUAAAAUUAUGCUUGAUAUUGAAACUGAAACAGUUUUGCUAGGAGAUGUUUUGCUAGGAGAUGAACCUUCAAAUAUUUCUGUUGUCAAAAUUAUUAUUGACCAUUUAUUAACGAAUCACGAAAUGGCAUCUCCCGAUAAAUUAAAUAUGCAUUUGGCUGAAUUACUUUUUACUCUCUGUUCAACUCCAAUUUCUUCUUCUAAAAGCACUUUGCCUAAGGAACGAAUGUCACAAUUACUUUCUCGUCAAGAAGAAUUGUUUCGUGGAGUUGUCGAUUUAUUACAACAUUUAACUGUACAAUCUUCAACUGAUUAUAUGGCUGAUUCUAAUGAAGAUUGGUCUAGAAGAGAUGCAAAAUGGAUGGCCCUUUCUUUGCUAAUGUGGUCAAGUUCUUGUGUUAUUUGGCGUAAUUCUGAUCCAGCUUGCUCGCAAUAUAAACAAACUUUGGCAAUGUGUUCUGAGCUUUCUCCAAAGAUUAUUUUGCAAUUAGCUCGUUUAAGUUUAUGUGACACUAAUUAUUUUGGAACAAUCUCUAAUAAUUCAAUUUAUGAGCAUGUUUGGAAAGCUUCCCGUUGGUUGCUUUGCUCGCUGGCCCGUGCUCAACCAGAACUCUUGGAUCAACUUUUGGACAUUUAUGGAUUUGAUGAAUCUCCUAUACCAGAAAAUCUGAUGAUUUUGGCUGCUCUCUCACAUAUUUGCCAAUCUAAACCGGCAAUUAAUAGAUUACUUAAUAGUUGUAGUUUCGAGAUUUGGAUACAAAAAACUGUGCAAAUUUGUGAGCAAGAUCGUUAG